AUGGUACUUGACUGGGAUCGCAGUUCCAGAGAGCUAAAUAUUGUGAAAAUUAUCAAGGAUGACAAAUUUAUCAGGCCGAACGACCUGGUGGCGGUGUCCGCAAAUAGUUUUAUACUCGCCAACGAUGGCUCUGCACAAUCACAAAUCAUUGAGACUAUCCAUCAAUUCUCUAUGAUCCCAACCGGAAGUAUUGUGUACUAUGAUGGGCAGAAGACGUCCUGGCUUUUAUCAAAAACGACGUCUCCAAGUUCGAUUGUGGUGCAUCCUGAUGGCAAACACCUGAUUAUCUCGCGCGCUUCCGCCAAAAUGCUCUCUGUGUACAUCAGAAAGAAGAAAGAUUAUUCGCUUUCACACUUAUUCGACAUCCCUCUAGGCACUACAACGGAUAAUCUUAGUCUCGAUAAGGAAGGAGCCAUAUGGGUUGUAAGUUACUAG